GGAGGAGGGAAGGAGGGGAGGGGAGCGAGGGAGAGGCGGCAGAAUGAGAAGUAGCGAGCACGGCGCGGCGACACUCUCACAGCCGAGCAAUACGGCCAUGGCCUCAGUGCACAGCCCACAGCAGCAGCACCAGCAGCAGCACCAGCAGCAGCAGCAGCAGAACGGCAUGCACGCGGUUGCCGCGCAGCAGCUUGAGUACGAGCCCUCGGAUUCGCGCAAGCGGCCCCUGGAAGCGCCCAUGGAGGCGGGCAGCACCAAGCGUUCGAACACCAGCGGCGAUGAUGGCCAGUACUACCUGAAGGUGCUCAUCCCCAGCUACGCCGCCGGCUCCAUUAUUGGCAAGGGCGGCCAGACGAUCGUGCAGCUGCAGAAGGAGACCGGAGCCACCAUCAAGCUCUCCAAGUCCAAGGACUUCUACCCAGGCACGACGGAGAGGGUGGCACUGAUCCAGGGCACGGCCGAGUCGCUCAACGGCGUCCACAACUUCAUCGCCGAGAAGAUCCGCGAGAUGCCCGCCGCCGCCAGCAAGCCGGAGCCCGUCACCCUGCUGCAGCCGCAGACGGCCGUGAGCCCCGACCGCAUGAAGCAGGCGAAAAUCAUCGUGCCGAACACCACCGCCGGGCUGAUCAUCGGCAAGGGUGGCGCUACCGUCAAGUCCAUGAUGGAGCAGUCAGGCGCCUGGGUGCAGCUCUCGCAGAAGCCGGAGGGCGGCAGCUUGCAGGAGCGCGUGGUGACGGUGAGCGGCGAGCCCGAGCAGUCGCGCCACGCCGUGCAGCUCAUCGUCCAGAAGAUCCAGGAGGACCCGCAGAGCGGCAGCUGCCUCAACAUCAGCUAUGCCGGCAUCACGGGGCCCGUGGCCAACGCCAACCCCACCGGCUCCCCAUACGCCAGCCCCGCGCCGGGCAUCUCCCCAGGGGACGUGCUGCCCACCGCGGGGCUACUGGGCCACGCCGGCCUUGCCAACGUGGCCGCCUUCCCGACCGUGCUGUCGGGCUUCGGCGGAACCGACCUGGUGGCCAUCUCGUCGGCGCUCAGCACCCUGGCGGGCUACGGCUACAGCCUGCCGGGGCCCGGGCUGGCGCUGGGCCUGGCGCCGGCCGCGCCGACGCCCAUGUUCGGCUCCAGCCCGUCGGCGAUGGCGGCGGCGAACAUCCUCGCGAGCUACGCCAACGAGGCGGGCGGCGUGCCCGGCUCCGGGGGCGCCGCCGCGGCCGCGGCCGCGUGCGCCGCGGCGGCCGCGGCCGGCGGGGCCCCCGGCGCGUUCUCGCUGGGCGGCCUGGGAGCGGCGGGCAUUGCCGCCAACGGCGGGUACAUGGGCUCGGCGGCCACGCCGCUCAUGGCCGGCGCUCUGCUCGGCGGGGAAAAACACGACGGUGGCAAGGACGCGCUGGAGAUCGCGGUGCCCGAGAACCUGGUGGGCGCCAUCCUCGGCAAGGGGGGAAAGACGCUGGUGGAGUACCAGGAGAUGACGGGCGCCCGCAUCCAGAUCUCCAAGAAGGGCGAGUUCGUGCCGGGGACGCGCAACCGCAAGGUGACGAUAACGGGGCCCCCGGCCUCGACGCAGGCCGCACAGUACCUCAUCACGCAGCGCAUCGUCUACGAGCAGGGCCUGCGCGCCACCAACCCGCAGAAGUUUUAAGUGGCUACAAGCGCUCUUGACAAGUCUUAUCAGCUUUAAGUGAGGCGUGCGAGGGAGGGCAAGCGUGGGGCCCAGGUGUUAAUGCUGCUGGAAAGAAAGAAAAACAAACUCCACGCGCAUCUUUCCGUUUCCCGAUCAUCGCGGCCGAUUAAACAGCGAGAAUACAGCAAGAGGAGGGUGGCAAUAAUUACUCAGCGGUUUGCCAAGACUAUGGAUGUUUACUCCAUGUCGGUUUCAAGUGCAGCUGCAUUGGACAACGUAUGCAUGCGACUUACAUAGUAAUUACAGAAAACAAAAUAUAUAUGUAUAGUAAUAACGAUUACAAUUUACAAACGUUUUAGGCAUAUUUUUAGAAUGACCAAAUGCGUUGUAGAUAGACAGGUGAUGUCGUUUUGUUUUCACUCGGAUGUUAGUUUUUUUGCCGUUCGUCUUUGUUUUGAAUGUACGUGGUUUAAAAAAAAAACAGAUGUUUAUUUGGAUUUGUGCUGGGUAUUCUUUUUGUUGUUGUUGUUGUGGCCAGGUUUUCAACGUCACGUCGAUUCUUUUUGCGCUGUGGAGUCCUGCCGGUUCCCCCCGUCACACUUGACCCUGUAGCCGUGUUUAAAACGUGUGCAAGUGCCAACUGUACUGAAAAUAUAUCUAGAGACAGUAUUUUGAUGUACAGUAAACUAGUUUUCAUAGCUGUUCAACAACAACCCGUUUGAAUUGUAGGAUAGAUUUUUGGUAUGCGGAAUCCGUAUUAUGCUAAUAUGUGCGAUUGGUGUUUAAAACAAAAAAGUGGAAUUUGUGUAAUUGCAUGGACAUGGAAUGCAAAUGUGAGGGGUUUUUAAUGUACGCCAUAGGUGCACUAUAUGUGACAUACAGCGAGCAUAUGUGAGUUGCCAAACUGCUUUUAAACGGAGAGAAAUACUCUCACUCGCAGAGCAGCGGGCCAGCAGUCCCUCCGAGCCGCGCUCUCGAGCAAAAUUCCCGUGCCCCAUACCCACGAGCAAGGGCCGCGUGCCGCGUGCCAUGCGAACGUCGCCCGCCACCGAAUUCGUCCGGUCGCCGCGACGAUCCGAAGGUCCCCUCCCUUCGGUGCGCCCCCCCCCCCCCCCGCCGCUCCCCCCAGUGUUAAUAUGUAACUAUGGGUCUCUCGGAAAUGUCCACGUCGUUGGCAUUAGCGCCGUCGUUUAAUUAAUCGUUUCUCACAUCCCGCCCGAGCGCCGAGCCCCGCAGGGGGCUGGCCUUGGCUCGCGCUGCCGAGGUUGCAACGUUCCGAGCGAACGUUCGCCCGGCACCUGUGAAGCCGCGCGAUGGCUUGCCUGCUUUGCGUGUCGUUCCACUUCACUCUGCGGCGGUGGGGGGGGGGGGGGUGGGCAGGAACAGCGCAGCCUCCUCGCCCAGGGCUCCAUCGCCCGUUCGUCUCAACGGGCGUAGUAGCAGUGUUGAUGCUUUCAUUACGUAACGUGUGCAGCGCAGUGUAGUUUCCCACGUGGCAGCAGAAGCGGUCUGCCGAAAGGGAUAGCGGCGAGCGUAAAACAUGGAGCAAGAAAAACGUUCUGAGGCGACCCAUAGUUGCAUAUUCACUCAUGGGCCGCGUGCAGUCGAUCGCUCAGCGGGGCCCUCUUUUAAUUGCUCUCACGAUUUGUCUUAACGCUGUGACUUUUUCCAGGAUCUUGUUGUGUCGUCGGCUUAAGCUCUAUGUUCCCGUUAAGCCCAGCAUCGCCGUAGUUAGCGUAUUAAUCUAAAAAAAAUACAAUUUAUCUGCCGUGACAUUUUCCCAGACCACGCUUAACCGAGCUCGUUUGCAGGGAGUGCCGUUAGCCAGCGGUGCUCGACGCAGCUUUGCCAAACGCAUUUAAUGUGCGGAAUUUUACCAUCGGCGGUGUGUGCAUGUUCGCCUGCUUAGAAGUAUUUCUGAGAAAAAAAAGUAUUGUUUGUAACUUUUAAGUGGAGUAUGUGAAAUAAUAUUUAACUGGGUCUGUACGACGUGCACUUUCUCUCCAUGCUCUAUUACUUCAUCAUUAUACUACUUACAAAGCAACGUUACUGAAAUGCAGAGUUGUAUAAAACUAAAAAAGAACUUUACUUGAAUUUCUCAUUCCACAGCUGAAAUGACCCCCCCCCCCUCCUCGCCACCCUGUCAUUGCCCCUUGCCUUUCCGUGCCCCCCUCCCCACACCUCUCCUCCCUGCCCCCCCCCCCUCCUUCAAAACAGGAAGAUGAGUUUACAUUCUUCAUAGUUAGAAACAAAUGAAGCUCCCACGUGGUCAGGUUGUCCUAGUCUCCAUUUCUUUGAAACAAAUUGUGGCAAACGAUUUGUUGAUACCAUUUUUCAUGUAACUCCUGACAUCUGUGAGGCGACGUUUCUCAUUUAGCCUUUAAAUUAUUUAACCACUCUUAAUCAAGUCCGGACAGUGAUUGAGGAGUUUGUACCAUGCUAGUGUUUUUUUGUGUGUGUGAAACUGUUGGAGUUGAAUGCUGUAGAGGAUAUUUCUAUUAUACUCAUUAUCAUUUAUAAAUAUGUGCUUUUGUCCAUCGCAUCACUCUGUGUCUCCUGUCUCAUUUUUAUCUCUGCCUGUCGCAAGCCUCACGGUCCAUCCACUCGGGUCCUAACUGAGCACCUUCAACAUCCCACAGCGAAAAGUUGCUCCGUCGGUCCAUCGUCUCGCGCCGCCUGCCGCGCCACCACCACCCCCCCCCCCCAACUCCUCUCCGCCCCCCACCCCCCCCCCCGCUCGACCGCAAAUUGCUCACCCCCUUUCACCCAAGGCUCGAUUUGCGCGAGAUUUUUUCUUUUUUUGGACAAAAACGAGCGGUACGCAAAAACAAAAUAAAACAAGAGGGGACGCGAAGUGGAAAUUUUCAAACCCAUCGCCGACCGAGACUUCGGGUCGGCGAUGUCGACGGGUGGCCACAGCAACGGCGAGGCGGUAAUUCGACACAGAUGGGGCAACUUUGAUUCCACGAGAGAAAUAAAAUAGCAUGUAAAUAAAAACACGCAUGGUAGUUGAUUCCACACAUAUAUGUUUGUUUUGGGUUACCACUGACUUGGAGCGGGCAGCCAAGUGCCUCCUCCCCCCUCCCCCACUCCGCCCCCCCCCCCAACUCCCCCCCCCCCCCGCGUGUCACGGUGACCUUGUCCCCACCACCAUCGUCAAGGUGUAACCUCAUUCUCAGGGUUGUGCCCUUCCAUGCUGUGCUUUUUUGACCGGUCCAGCUGGGUGGCCAUCAGCAUGCGUCGUUUUUUGAGGGAUGCGGGGGGUGUCCUCCACCGCACCGCGGGGACCCCCCCCUCCCCCCACUCCUCCAACCUUCACACUCCGCGACCCCCCACCCCACCUUUUUGCACCCCUGCAUCCCCCUUUUUAUACUAACGCAACAUGGUUCCUGCACAACCUCUCCAUCCAUGAGGUGCCCGCCCCUCCCUCCCUUGGUCAGGCAUCUCCUCCCGCAUGGUGACGAUGAUGAUGAUGAUAGUGGUGAUGGUGGUGGUAAAUGGUGGGAGAGAAAGCAGCAGCAGAAGCAGGCAGUGUAGCCAAGGGUAGCGUGCGCCGUCAAGCUGCUGUUGUCGCCGCCGCCGUUGCUGCUGCUGCUGGUGGUGGCACCCAGAUGGCGUGGCGGUGGUGGGGCCCUUCCCGUGAGGGGGAUAUUCCUCAACGCCCAACUCACGCGCCACGCUUAACCGUGGCGGCACGCGAACCGCGCCGCGUGCCCGGUCCCCGCUGUGCCGGUGCUCGUGGCCUGCCUGUGUGUGUGCGCGCGUUUGAUGCCGCGCGUGCGGAACCUUGGCCCGCGGCGCGUCUCACGGCGUGUCCCGCCGGGCUCGGAGCGUUCCGCGCGGGGGAGGGGGGGGGGGGGGGGCAGGGGCCGGGGGGGGGUUUGCUUUGUGUGGCCGUCCGCUCCGCCGAGUGAGCGACGCAGCGAGGAAAGUUUCGUUCAAUUUGAUUCGCCUAAUUUAUGCAGCGCGUCAUGUCGCAUUGCACAUUAUUUAUGGUUCGGUCGUACAAACGUAAUUUUCAUUGGCAGUCAGCCGAUAGGUUAGUUCGUGUUUGAUUUUAAGUGCAAUAUUCUGUUUGGUUUUUUUUUAGUUCGAUUUGAAAGGGAUUACCUCAUUCGCAUAUUUUCCGUGUUUGCACUCCUAUCAUUUGCAAUUUUUAAAAGUCGUUUCGGGGGAAUAGCGCCGACCCGCAUGAUUAGGCAUUCAGUAUUUACGCUGUUCGCAGGACUUUUUAUUUAUCUUGUAAACUCGAGGCAGCUGUACAGUGUCCGUGGAGGAAGAGCCGGUGUAUAUAUUUGUUACUCCAAAGACUUUAUUUUUUGUACUUAAAUAAAAUAUAAAGAACUCA